GUUUUGCUGAUGAUAUCUUGGUGUUUACGGUUGGAUCUGCACAAGCCAUCUUGCAAGUCAAAGCUGUUUUACAUAGGUUUUAUCAGUUGUCUGGGCUUAACAGUAAUCCAGCUAAAUGUGAGAUUUACUUUGGUGGGGAAUCAGUGCUUUACAAGAAUAAUGCACUGCAGCUUUCUGGUUUCCAGGAAGGUAAGCUCCCUGUCAGAUACUUGGGUUUGUCAUUAAUAACUGGAAAAUUAUCCUCAAAGGAAAUUGAUGCUUUAGUGGAUAAAAUCACAAAGAGAAUGAGAUCCCGAAGAGCUAAGAAAUUGACUUAUGCAGGUCGGUUGCAAUUACUAAAUUCUGUGCUGAUUGGUAUUGUUCAAUAUUGGAUGCAAUUAUUUUUGUUGCCUAAGAAAGUUUUUAAGCGAAUUCAGAAGGUUUGCUCUCAAUUCCUUUGGCAUGGGAAUGAAGAGGGAAAGGCUAAAGUUGCUUGGGAUUCAAUUGCUCUUCCCAAAAAAGGAGGAUUGGGGAUAAAAGAUUUACUGGGAUGGAAUCAAGCAUGUACAGUUCGGCUACUCUGGUUAUUUUUGUUGAAUUCUGGGACACUCUGGGUAGCCUAGAUGUAUGCGUAUAAGUGCAAGCAGGGGGAUUUGUGGACAAUGAAGGUUCAAUAUAUUAGUUCUUGGGCUUGGCGGCGCUUGCUUAAGCUGAGGCCUUUGAUUCAGACUUGGCUGCAUAAGCAAAACAAUGAGGUUUACUGGGGGGACAAAGUUGAUGAGGAAGUACUCAGUGCGACAAGUUUGGGAGACGCUAUGACUUCGUGCGUCUGAAGUUCCAUGGUACAAACUGGUAUGGUGUAAACCUUGUCCUUUGCGUUAUAAUUUCCUUGCCUGGCUCAUAAUUAGGAACUCUAUUGUUACUCGAGACAAGCUACUGAAGUGGGGGAAGAUUACAGAUGCCUCCUGUCCAUUAUGUGGAGGGGCUGCUGAGUCAAGAGAGCACUUGUUUUUACAGUUCUUGUUUAUAAACCAGGUUGCCUCUGUUAUGCGAUGCAAUUUACUUAAUGUUAGAAAAAAAGUUUCUAACGGGUUCUAGAUCAGAUUUAGAGAUUGGGGAUUUAGGGUUUAUAGAAUAGAAUUGGGGAUUUAGGGAUUUGAGGAGAAUUUGGGGAAGAAUAGAAGAGAAACGGCCUAGGCCUUUGGAGGGAUUGAGAUCGAGAACUGAGAUGAUAGGGAGAUUAGGGGUUAGCAGAUUCUUUGAUAAUUCUUUCUUGAUUAAUUGUAACGCGAACUCACAGUACAUAUUUAUAGAGAAUAUGAGAAAACCCUAACAAUAAACCUAAUACGACUAAAAGAUUACUAACCAUAAUAAGAAUACUCUAAUAGUAGUAGUAAUAAUAAUAAUAAUAAAUAUAGAAACCCGAUAUAAAUCGGUUUCUAACACUUAACUAUAGUAGUUGGGACGCAAUGUUAAGUGGUGCUUUGAAUGUAGUAAGUAGGGACUCAAAGAUGGGGCAUUGGCAUGCUAUGAUUUGGUGCAUUCUUUUGUCUUUCGUGUGGAAAGAACGUUGUGCAGUGGUACAUGGCUAUGUCUGUAAAACUCCGGCUCGGCUAGCUGAUCUGUUGCAAGAGGAGUUGCAUUUUAUUGUUGCUGGUCAACCGGAAUUGCAGGCUGAACUGGAACUGCUGGAAUACCUAUAGAUACAGAUUCUGGUCUUAGUUGUUUCCUUUUCCUUUCUUGUAAGUAGUAUCAGAUGAACAAUAGUGGGGGAGAUAGUAGAGGACAUUGUAUUGCAAAGGAUCUAUGGGAUCCUAUCUCGUUGUAUCGGUUUCUUUAUGUGAGCAAUAAAAGCAACUGAUUCAACGGGGAAAAAAAUGGCAUGAAGGAAGAAAACCCCACAUUUUCCCACCUCACAAGAAAAAAACUGGAAGAGAUGAGAGCAUCGUACCUGCGAGUCUGGAAUGGAGACUGAACGAGAGAGAGAGCCACAAACGUUAGAGAGCAGGAGAAUUUCAACCGGUGUUGCGAUUUCAGGUCUCACGAUGGCGGGGCUGACUGCGGGAGGCGGGGAAAGAAAGGGGGCGUCAAUCGUCAAUUCGUCGUACAAAAGUGACAAGUAAAGUUUGAUAUCUUAGAUGGGGUAAAUUAAAAAUUGGGUCACUCCAUAUUCUAACUCAUAGUAAUGGGGUAAAUUAAAAACUGGGUCAGUAAACUUGUACGAGCUUGAAAGAUAGAACGGUGAGUAAUUCUUUCCUCUAUUAGGUUUUCUUAGAGUGAGAGGAGAGCUAUUGGUGGAAUGUUUAAAUGGAUGAAAACCAUGAUAAUCAAUAGUAUUUGGUUAGAUUGGUUUGAUUGAUUUUGUUUGAUUAACUCUUUUAGUUAAUUCGAUUUAAGUGGUUUGAUGUGAUUAAAGACUCUACUAAUCAAUCAAACCAAUUACAAAUCAGUCUUCAUAUAUCAUCUAUAGAUUCUGAUACAUUUCUCAAGCAACGAAAGUUAGAAUAUGGAGUGGAAUUGAGUAGAAAUUAGUUGGAAAAGUACCUAAUGGAACAAGUUGAAGAGGAGACGGAAGACUUUGAUAUCUUAAAUGGUGGAAGAUGAAUUGUUAAGGAUGUUCUGGCUAUACUCAUCUGCAGGAUGGCUUAUGAAUAUGUUUUUGGCAAUCGUGGUAGAGUUAACGAUGAAUAUACGUGUGAUACAACUCCAAAUAAAAUUAUAUUAUAUUUGUUAAAUCAAUUAACAAACCCUUUCAAACUUUGGUUUGGUUAUUUGGUUUCUAUAUUAAUUUCAUUGGCGUGUUUUAAAGUUAUUUUGUUUCAUGGUUAAUAGAUUUAAGUUUAAAUUAUUUGGUUAAAACUAUGGUCAAUAUUUGAACAACUUUAUCUAUCAAAACUCAAAAUUCAAAACUAAACUUCAUCCGAACGACACAUUAAUAAAAAGUUACGGUUUUUUCCUAGAAAUGUUAAGAAAGAGCAUCCCAUUAGAGAAAAACAGAAAGGCAACCUCAUCCCCUUUACAUCCACAAACUAAAAGCCUACAACAACCAGACUCCAAAAUCAAACAAUGCUACAUCUAAAGAAGAGAAUUAAAUGCCUUUAUAUGUCACUGUAUGUGCAACCCAAUUAGUGACACGCCACCGCCCUAAACUCUACAAUAAAGGAAUCACAUGAGACUAGUUAAAUACAAAUAUGCAGGAUGUGACCACUUAGUGUAUUAGACGAGGCACCCGUUUGCAACUAACAAAUGAUGAUCUCUGAGUCUCGAUGAUUAAUUUGAAGAUUUGCGCUCCAUUUCCAAGGUGAUGGAAGCUGGGGCAACAUCUCUUGUUAGUUGUUACUACUUCAGUCACUUACAACUCACUAUAGGUGUAAUCAACAACCAACGAUCUAGAGGGCUAGAGUUUUUCUUUAUGUUAACGCAAAAUGGCUAAGAAUAAAAAUAUAAAAUGCUGGAAAUUUUUUGGACUUUGCUAAAGUGACUUGCACAAAUAGGUCGACCGCACAGUAAUAAAGGUCGACCGAAUCUACUGUUUCUAUUUUGUUACGUUCAACCCUAUCCCCUUCCUCAAAAACAGAAUCUACGGCCGAGGGGAAUCUUUUCAGCUUCAAUCAACUAGUUGAAUAGAUCGACCACCUUCUACGCCUACCUCUCUUGGUUGCCUGCUUUUAGGGUAUAACACCAAUCCUAGUUCUCUUGCCCGCUUGUCGGGAACGGAACUAAGCUUCUUACUAACAGAAUCGUAAGUUUCAUUUCAUCAAACGAGACUCGACCUUGUACAUGAAAUGGUUGACCUCAAUCUUAAAGCGGUCAACCUUGUACAUUAAAAGGUAUACCUCAUUCUUAAGGGUCGACCUCUAAUGCAUUACCUUAUCAACAUCGAAAUCGGACUUAUCUAGGGGUGGGCAACAGGUAUUUGGGUAUACCCAUAUUCGUCCCAUUUUUUAGGGUUACGAGUAUCCAAAUACCCGUAAAAUUUAUUACGAAAUGGGACUUGGGAUUAUGAAUAUUGACAUUAGGUACCCACGGGGUACCCGCUAAUACUAGUUUGGGUAGUAUAGGUAUAAGUAAUAUCCAUUAUAUUUAUUCAAUAUACAAUACCGUAGCUCAAAGCCCAGCCACAUGAUCACACUGCAGGUGAGUGUGACAGAGAUGUGAGAUGAAUUCCAAUCUUUCAGUGGAAGAUACAUGCAUUCCACCACAUCUCACUACCAUAAUGCUAGCAAUACCAUUGAGGAAAAUGCGGAUGAGUGAGAGGAGAGAACUCUAGAAACUCCAUGAUUUAGAUUGUGUUUUUUGUUGUGAAAAUUGUUAAGUCUUAAAGACGAUUUGGUUUAAAGCAACUAUGAUCGUGAAUUGAUAUUAAGUCGUUGUGGUUUUCGAUUUUAGGUAUGUGUGAACUAUUGUGAGGUGUGUUUUAUUGUAUUUGUUGUUAGUGAUUAACCUGUUAAGAAGUUAUGGUUUCUUGCUAGUAUAAUCAGUGGCGGAUACAUGCAUGUUUAGGGGUGUCCCGGGACACCCCUAAAAUUUGGAAACACGAUUAUUCAACCUUCGAUAGUAGUUUGCGUAUGAGCAAAAAAUAUAUUUAAGUGGUAGUGGGACACCCUUAAAUUUUGGGGAAAAAGAUUAUCCAACCUCCAGUAAUAGUUUGUGUAUUGGUACAAAUAAUAUUUAAGUAGUAGUCUAUGUGAUUUAAACUUGGGACACUAUGACUAGUAAACAUAUUUUCAAUUA